CGCCGCCGCCAGGUGAUCCUGGAGGCUGGUUCCCGCGGCCACGUGGGGGGCGGUGGGGGACGCCAGGGCGGGCGGCGGAGACGCGCGGAGCUGCAGUGACUGGAUUCGAGACGCGGCGGCCGCGGACACUGCACGUGCUCAGUAAGGAUUGUCAGACAAAGGAGCUCACUGUCCUCUGAUGGGGAACGCUGUGCCUUGAUUGCCUAGGAACCAACCUUGUCCCCUGCCCUUUGCAGCCUUCUCUCCCCUGGGGCUUGAACCCGGGCAUCCUGGGGGCCAUGCAGAAAGCUGGGGCGGGGCGCCGGAGGGCCUCCGACUGCGGCCCUGCCCCUCACCGACCCAGGUGCAUCACCAAGUUUGCCCAGCAGUACGUGGGCUCCUUCUCCGUGGACAACCUGGACACUCAGGAGAGUGUGUGGCUGGUGCAGCAACAGCUGUGGACACUGAAGGAAUGUCCCCGACGCCAAGCCGUCAUCCUGAAAUUCAGCCUUCAGGGUCUCAAGAUGUACAGCGGGGAGGGCGAGGUGCUCCUGAUGGCGCACGCCCUGAGGCGAAUACUCUACUCCACCUGGUGCCCAGCUGCCUGCCAGUUUGCCUUCGUGGCCCGAAACCCCCGGAGCCCGGCCAGCAAGCUCUUCUGUCACCUCUUUGUGGGCAGCCAGCCUGGAGAGGUCCAGAUCCUGCACCUGCUCCUUUGCCGCUCCUUCCAGCUCAUUUACCUCUUACAUCACCCUGAGGAGCGGGCACAGCCGGAGCCCUGCCUGGGGCCUGCAGGGGACGCGCCCCUGAAGCCACUGUCCAGCCCUGGGCCACCCCCUGGCCUAGUACGGGAGCCCUUCGGCCGGGAUCAGCUUUCACAGAACGUUCAUGCACUGGUCUCCUUUCGGCGGCUGCCUGCAGAGGGGCCCAUGGGCAGUGGGAAGGAGCUGCCAGACUUGGAAGGCCGUGGGUUCAUCCGCCAUGCCCGCCUGGGGAAUCCCUACUGCUCACCCACACUGGUACGCAAGAAGGCUAUCCGCAGCAAGGUGAUCCGCUCCGGGGCCUACCGGGGCUGCACCUACGAGACCCAGCUGCAGCUGUCAGCCCGGGAGGCUUUUCCUGCGGCGUGGGAGGCGUGGCCUUGGGGUCCCGGUGGCCCUUCCUGCCUGGUGGAGAGUGAGGGCAGCCUGACAGAGAACAUCUGGGCCUUUGCUGGCCUCUCCAGGCCCAGUGCCCUUGCCCUGCUGCGGAGAGACGUGCUUGGGGCCUUCCUGUUGUGGCCUGAGCCGGGCGCCAGUGGCCAGUGGUGUCUGUCGGUGCGGACACAGUGUGGCGUGGUGCCCCACCAAGUCUUCCGGAACCUUCUAGGCCGCUACAGCGUGGAGCACCUGCCGGCCGAGUUCCCCAGCCUGGAGGCUCUGGUGGAGCACCACGCGGGGACUGAGCGCAGCCUCUUCUGCUCCCUCGACAUGGGCCGCCUGAACCCCAGCUACAAGGACCAGGACUGUGGGCCCGAGGGCAGGCCUCCCCGGACACUUCGGCCACUUAGCCAUGCCAAAUCCGAGGCAGAACUGCAGGGCCUGGGCUAGGAGGCCAGUCCCCACACCAAUAGGCCCCCCUCGUUCUGGCUCCUGGGCCUCAGCAGGCGACUCUGCCCUUCAUCCUCCUCGCUGGUCACCAGGUCCAUCCAGCCACUCUGCCCCUUGGACCAGUUUUUCAUCACUUCACUGACUGUGUGGGGGAGCCCCGAGAUUGGGGGUCGCCAAUGGCUUCUCACAUGACAUGUGGCCCCGUGGGAUCACAGGAGGGGCAGGUGGCACUCCAGGAUUCCGUGAACUUGCUGGGUGACUUUGGAGGUUUGUCCUCUCUGGGCUUCACUGUACUCCUCGGAGAGGAGCUUUCUGAGGUGGGCGAGAAGGUUUGUGCACAAUGGAAGUAUAGCCCUCGCCUAAGGAGGCCAGGCCCUGGGACCCUGAUGGAAGUCUCCAGAAAGCUCCUGACGGAGGCAGCGUGAGAGAGAGGCUUUGGGGGAGGCAGGAGGGCUGAGUUCUCCCUUUGGGCAAAGGCCUGGGGGCGAGCCACCCUCUUUAUGGAAGGCACAGAGAUGACUCGAUGGAGCUUGUGGGCUACAUCCAGGCUGCCCAUUUCUCAAGUCAUCUGAGUCUUCCCUUGAAUUCUGAGGAAGGACGGUUAGGGCAGGAUGGGCGAAGAGCCGUGCCACCUAAAAGCCCAUGUGGACACCUGUGCAGAAA